AUGACUCAUUUAUGUUUCAUAUUGUAUGCAUUAUUUCAGGGUCUCAGUGAGACAAGUAGAACGGAGAAAAAAAAUAAAAACAAUUUAGUUCAAAAAUAUUUAUUGCUUAUGUUGUGUUUGCAUGUGAAAAUCUCAAUGGAUGUAUCAAGAAAAUACACAGGGCAGCAUAAAAUACAGGGUGUUCAAAAAAAACGCAACCCAAAGAAAUCACUAUAUCUUGGAAAAUACUUAUCCAUUUGUGUUCAUUUUUUCAGGAAAGAAAGAAGAGACUAUGUGUGUAUAGCUCCUGCUGUUAGUUAGUUGUAAAAUAUGAUGCCUUGGACACCUUCUCAAAAGACAUUAGUAUUGGAAAGAUACGAAAAACGCAACCAGAGGUGACUGCCAGAGCAAUAAACCCUACUUACUUUCUAACCAUGGUGUUUUGGCACUUCAGAUUCACCACAAAUUAUCUUCAUAUAAUGUGUAGUGAAUUGGGGGAGUUUCAUUAAAAUCACUCCAGGGACUUUACAGUCAUGGUCAAAAUGCCUUCUUAAGUCUGGCUGAACCAGGGUGUUUGACUGGGUUUUGAAAGCAUUUCAACCAAAACUGUAAAGUCCCUGGAGUGAUUUUGAUUUCACUCUACAGAUUUAUCAUACAUUGAAUGAAGAUGAUUUGUGCCAAAUUUGAAUAGCCAAAACACUAUGGUUAGAAAGUUAUUUGGUUUUAUUGCUGUGGCAGUAGUCUCUGACUGCGUUUUUCGUAUCUUUCCAAUACUAAUGUCUUUUGAGCAUUUGUCCAAGGCAUCAUGUUUUACAACUAACUAACAACAUGAGCUAUACAUACACAGUCUCUUCUUUCCUUCCUGAAAAAAUGAACACAAUUGGACUAGUAUUUUCCAAGAUAUAGCGAUUUCUUUGGGUUGCGUUUUUUUUUGAACACCCUGUACAUCAU